CCGAUCUUCGCGCAUCCCCUCUUCACUUCUCCUGAGUGGGCAGGCUUUGUUCGACAAGUCGAGGAAGCCUGCUCUAAUAUAGCGGGGGACACCCAUAUAACGUUGGUGGAAAAGGCGGUGCCUGUUAUAGCUGAAAGCCUCCGCCAAGUGAGAUCUGGCCAGUCUGCGGAGAGGAGAAUGCAAGUGCAUGAGGCGCUGAGCCGGUAACAGUUCAAGAGCCUCCAAAGAGAGUUGAGCCAGUGGCACGGAAUGGAGUUCAGGACCGAGACGCGUACCUACAUCUCCCCUGCCGGCAGUAUGCACAGGGACACCCGCAAGAUGUGGAACGAUUCCUCCUCCUACUACCAGAGGGGGGGGGGGGUACAGAGGCCGCACGACCGCAGCAGCAGGGCUGGGAAGGGAAGGAAAAGGAAGGAAAAGAAAAGGAAAAACAGCUGGCUAUCUGAGGCUAUAGACAGAGGUUGGCUGGCGAUAGUGGGGCCAGUGACUCACCUGGCCUCGCACAAGGCCUCAUUCACUUGAGGCCCCUAUGGCCACUGCCAUACUAUUCCAACGCUGUUUAUGACCCAUGGAGCGCGCAUCCAUCCUCAUCAGCUCUCCUGACCCUUCUUCAGCCUAUAGCUCCACACAUUAGGCUUCUUCUUCUUAAGCUACUAUUUCCAGGCAAGUACAUCCUGGCCCAGAAGCACCAU